AUGGCUCCUCUAACGCGCCUGAUCGCCCUUGCGGCCUCCCUUGCCGUCUCCUCUGCGACCACCAUUGCUGAGAUCAACGGCAACAAGUUCUUGUCGCCUCUCAAGGACCAGACCGUCUCAAACGUGACCGGUGUCGUUACGGCGAAGGGUCCUGAUGGUCUCUGGAUUCGUUCGACAACGCCCGACCGUGACGAUCGCACCUCGGAAUCCGUCUACGUCUUCGGGCGCACGUUUGGCGCCAACUUGACUGUUGGCGAUGUCAUCACCGUGGGGGGCAAGGUGCUCGAGUACCGCAGCAACAAGGACUACCUCUACCUGACGGAGCUUUCGACUCCAGUUCUGGAGAAGGUCGUCAGCAAGGGCAACAAAGUGACACCGCUGGUCAUUGGCAAAGACACCGGCAGCCCGCCAACAGAGCAAUACACCAGCUUGGACGGUGGCGAUAUCUUCGCAGUGCCGAACAACAAGUCGCAGAUUAGCGUUGUAAACCCAACCCUCGAGCCGAAGAAAUACGGUCUUGACUUCUGGGAGAGUCUGACUGGUGAGCUGGUGACGGUGAAGAAGGCGAGAGCGCUCACAAAGCCCAAUUCGUUCGGCGACACUUGGGUUGCUGGAAGCUGGAAAGUCACUGGGACCAACGAUCGUGACGGUCUGACCAUGACCGAUGGGGAUUCCAACCCAGAAGCUAUCAUCGUCGGCACACCGCUCGAUGGAACCAAGAACCCCACCGACACCCGCAUGGGCGACAGUCUUGAGGAAAUCACCGGCGUUGUCACCUACGCCUUCGGCUACUACCGUAUCUUGCCCUCGACUGCUCUGAAGGUCACUGGUUCGAAGAAGCCACUGACCCCCAAGCCCACGAAACUCGAGUCCAAGAACGACUGCGGUGGUAUCACCUUUGGCGCGUACAAUGUUGAGAACUUGGCGCCAACCUCAGCCCACCUUCCUCAUGUCGCCGAGCAGAUUGUCGACUACCUGAAGAGCCCCGAUGUUGUCUUCAUCCAAGAAGUCCAGGACGAUAACGGCGCUACAAACGACGCAGUCGUAUCCGCAAACUUAACGUUGACUACCCUUACCAAGGCCAUUAGCGCCGCCGGAGGUCCGAAUUACACCUUCGUCGACAUCGCUCCGGUCGACGACAAGGACGGAGGUGCGCCUGGAGGCAACAUCCGAGUGGCUUAUCUCUACAAGUCUUCGCUUGUGCGCCUGUACAAGCCCAACCUGGGCGGCUCCUUGGACAAGACCGAAGUCAUCGAUGGCCCUGCUCUUAGCUUCAACCCAGGUCGUAUUGAGCCUGCGAGCGAGGCAUGGACUGCCAGCCGCAAGCCUCUUGUUGCGCAGUGGGAAGUCAUUGGUAAGAAGGGCAAGAGCGCCGGCAACUUCUUCACCAUCAACGUGCACUUCGGAUCCAAGGGAGGCAGCAGCAGCAUCAUGGGCGACGCUCGCCCUCCUGUGAACGGAGGUAUCGACGACAGGCUUGAACAGGCUACCCUGACUGCAAACUUCGUCAAGGAAAUCCUUGGCAAGAACAAGAACGCCCACAUCAUCACUGCUGGCGAUUUCAACGAAUUUACUUUUGUUGAGCCGAUGAAGCAGUACAUGCAGAUCUCGGGGCUGAAGGACAUGGAUGCCGUGGCCGGCAUCAACGAGCUGGAGCGCUACACGUACCUGUUUGAUAUGAACGCCCAGCAGCUCGACCACAUGUUCAUCUCCCCAAGCCUGACAAGCAAGGCUAAGUAUGAGCAUGUCCAUCUGACCACGUGGGUCUCGUUUGCCGAGCAAGUUUCCGAUCACGACCCAAGUGUCGCUCGGAUGGACGUGUGCGUCUAG